AUGCCUCAGUCUGCCAUCCUCUACCAUAACCCAGAGGAAACCGUUUUCUUGAUAGACACACCCACGUCCAUUGCGCUGGCUCAGGAGCUUUCCCUGACCCAACAGAGUUCGUCGCCAGGGAGCCCAAAAUGCCCUAGACCACGACGGAGACAGAUCUUUUCGUCGAUACCACGGGCAGAACCGUUUCCGCCAUCCACGGAGCCUAAGAGCGAUGCUGCUCGCGCAAAGGUUCUGGAAAGGAUCCCGCGCUCGGAACGGGUCUUCCAUGCGGAGAUCAUCGAGCCUCUUGUGCGCGAUGGCCUGGAGGUGAUCAGGCAGGGGGUCUUCGAGCGUGGGGUUGACUGGUGCCAUGUACGGAAGGUCUUUGAUGGUGGGCUGGCUAGCGAGAUGCGUCUUGGGAAGAGGAGACGUGCAAGCAGCAGUGGCGCUGCAAUAUCAGCUUCUAUCGAUGGCUGUUUUGAUGCCGGAACUCGAAAGCUUGAUGAAGAUUCGCAGCCCCCGUUGAUUCUCUCGGCAUCUGGCACGAAUGCAUUCGCGUCUGGAGCUGAACUCCGUGAUGUUAUAGUCAAGAAUACCUCGUCUGGCGCGGCUGAACUGAGCAUUCGCCGUCUUGGGGAAGAAGAAGAGAAGGGUGUAAUAUCCCACACAGCCGAGAUCGAUCCCCAGCGUCAAAAUCAGUAUCAAGCGUUCACAGUGCCUCCGCUCUCUGUGUUCGUGCUCUGCAGAUUACCAAUCACACAGUCCUCACACCAGCGUCCAACCGGACCGGUCCCGGGUAUCCUACGAGACCAGAAAUUCAACCUGAUCCUCCUCGACCCGCCGUGGACCAACCGGUCUGUCCGCCGGGGAGGACACUACCACACGCAACAUUACACCGAAGGGCACGAACUCACGCAGUACAUCCGAUCUGUCCUGCAAUUACACCUAUACGACUCCGCAACCGGGAAUGGCCAACCAGAGAACCCCCAAGUUGCGCCUCGCUCCAUCGCAGCAAUCUGGAUCACCAAUUCCUCCAAAGCACGGCGAACUGCUUACGAGGCGCUCCGGGGCGCAGGUCUCUCCGUCUGCGAGGAAUGGGCGUGGAUUAAAGUGACCACCUCGGGGGAGACUGUGACGCCGGUCGACGGUCUCUGGCGGAAACCGUAUGAGAUCCUGAUCAUUGGCGAGAAGAAGAUGGGUGGGAAUCAACGCCGUGACCCGGUCAGAAGGGUCAUUGCUGCGGUGCCGGAUGUCCAUUCCCGGAAACCGAACUUGAAGGAGAUCUUUGAGCGGCUGUUUUUCAGCGGCGCGGGGCAUUCAUAUGCUGCGCUGGAGGUGUUUGCGCGCAAUCUGACGGCUGGAUGGUGGGCGUGUGGGGAUGAGGUUUUGAAAUUCAAUGCACAGGAAUGGUGGACGGAAUCGUCUACAUCCUGA